GAGAAAAGAAAAAAAGUCAGAAAACCUCUGCGCGCCUCAAGUUGUUUUAAGAAGAAAGAAGAAAAAGACUUAAGACUGAAGAUUGUCUCAAUGUUUUUCACAUUUUUGGAACAUUUUUGUACCUUUAAAAGCGGGUCAGACAUUGGGUCGGUGUGACUCAUUGCGUGUGUCUGUGGAGGAUGACACCGGGGUGUGUGGUCGCCUUCAGGCGGACUCCUUGUUCGGCCGGCGGCCACCAAGACCUCUGACAGUCCGCCUCUUCUUGGGGGACUGAACCAGAACCAGAACCAAAACAAGCAGGACGGGCCUGCUGCAAGAACUGGAUCCAGGAUGUCCUGCGGUCCAUUGGUGGUGGGUCUUCUCUUUAGGGUCCUGCUGCCCCUCAGCUUGACCGCAGCUGCUUUGCUGCGUUUUAACGGCUUCUCGCUGGUUUACGUCCUCCUGUUGCUCCUGCUGCCCCUGCUGCCGGAACCCAGCACGUCCCAGGGCGCAGGUAACACAAGUCGCUGUGUGACAGCUAUUUGUGUGUCCAGUUUCCUCUUCCUGUUACUGCAGACAUUCUUUCAGCUGACCACGACAACACUACAACCGGAGUACAACUGCACGUCCUGGCAGAAAGCGCUGAGUCAGCUGGGAUUGGUCAGCCUUACAGGAAGUGAUGUGGCCUCCGCUGUGCGACACAUCCUUCCAGAUGUUGGCGUGCUGGUUGUCGGCCUGGUGACAUGGAGGCUGAGCCUGAGAUUGACCCCUGAAACACACAUGCAGCAGCACGGACCUCAGGAUGAUCAGGUUUUUCAAGAGGAAGAAGAGGGAACCAAAAGGAACCGCAUUCUGGCUGAACUGGAAGUAUUGGUCUGCAAAACUAGGCUAAUGCUCGCAAACAUGAUGACCACUGGAGGGAAAGUUCUGCUCACAGUUUUGCUUGGACUCACAGGCAUCGUGCUACCGUCCCUUUCCUCCCUCCCCUACCUGCUGUGUUUCCAAGUGGUUUGUACCUGGUGGGCAAGGUCUGGUUGGGUCCCACCCCUCAUCUUCAGGUGUUUGUCCGUGAUGUCACUGGUCUACUCUUCCUGCCACUUCUUGCUUGUGUACUCCUACCAGCUGCCAUCACUGCAGGAGGCGUGGCUUCCCAACCACACCUCCGCAAGUGUGUUUGGCAUGCUGCCUCUGGUGUCGGUGGACUGCGCCGCCCCCUGGAGAAUGCAAGUGAACCCAGAGCUUAGCUGGUUUCAUUUUGUCAGUCCUCUGAUGUUGUUGCUGCUCUUCCACACGGUCGCCAGUCUCUGGAGGAACCAGUUGAUUGCUGGGAAAAGGGCACAGAGUGCAGACAAGACGGAAUCAGCGGAUCCCGGUAGUUGUGACAUCCUAACUGCCACAAGCUUUAUCAGUGAUGAGGUCAGCAGUGAUAUCACAGCGGAGAGGCGUAGAGAGCUGUGGAGGGAAGCUCAUGAUGGGCGGGGCUACAAAGAUGUUUUGGAUACUUCCACUUACGACAGUCCCUCUGAGUCUUUGGCCCAGCCCACACAAAGCACAGCCCUUGAGUUGGACACACCUCACUACUCCCUUAGCCAAUCAGACACUUUGGAAACCUGUGCCUUUGAAGCAGAUGCUGACGCAUGGGGAGAGGUGGCAGAAGCACCGGGUGCGGGUGUGGCUUCCAUGGCCUUCGGCUUCCUGCUCAAGCAGAGUUAUAUCGGCGCUUUGAUUGCCAUGAUGGCAUGGUCCAUCACAUAUGUGUCGUGGAUGACGUGUGUGCUGCUCAUCUGGUCAUGUGCGCUCUGGAUGAUGCGUGAGCGCCGCCGCUAUACUCUCAUGUCUUCACCAUGGCUGGUCGCCUAUGGCAACCUGCUUCUGAUCCUGCAGUACAUCCACAGCUUUGCUGCUGUCCGUGAAGUCCCUGGACUAUUCCCGAAAAAAGACGAUCCCUGCAGAGAGCUUGCCUCCAAGCUGAUGUGUUUGUUGACGUUCUGGCUGCUGCUGCGUCAAGCACUUACAGAGAAGAAAGAAAGACAGAAAGACACAGAGACGCAGUCGCAGCUGUCUGCCAUAACCAUCCAUAUCAAAGAUGAUCAGAAGGCAGAGCAAGAGAAGAUACAAGAGAUUUCCUAUGAGAAGCUGCUUCUGUUGAGCGGAGGAGUUCAGAUGGAGGCCCUUGUAGCCGUUGUGACCAGGAUGUUUGUCAAAUACUGGAUCUAUGUCUGUGGAACAAUGUUUUUCUUUGUCAGUUUUGAAGGCAAAAUCGUCCUCUAUAAGGUCAUCUACAUGGUGAUGUUUCUGUGCUGUGUUGCCCUCUACCAGCUGAACUAUGAAAAAUGGCGGGCCUUGUUGCGAGGCUUCUGGGUAGCCGUAGUGGUGUACUCCAUGUUGGUUCUCAUUCUAGUCUACACUUUCCAGUUCCCCUCGUCCCUUCACACCUGGAGCUACUACACUGGACUCAGCACUCACAGAUUGGAGGAUUUGGGUUUGGAGAAAUUCUCCGUUCCAGUUCUAUUCACCAGGAUUUUCAUUCCCACAGCGUUUCUACUGGUGUGCAUCGUACACCUGCACUACUUCCACAAGCCCUUUCUCCUGCUGACUGACCUCAAAACAGUGGUAGACACGCACAACAGCACCAUUACCAGGUAGCACGCAAACCUCAACCAUCAGUGGUAUGUCACCUGCGUUAUAAAAUAAAAUAUUUCAACUGCUGAGUUUGGAUUCAGGUUGGUUCACAGUGAGGGCAGCCUUGUGGAUCUGUCAGUGGGAGGUGCUUCUCAGCUCCCUCUAGAGGAGGAUGAAGGAGGAAUCCUGAUAGAAAAAGAGGAAGAAGAGAUUGAGGAGAAGCAGAAACCAGAAGAAGAGGAAAAAAAGUACCCCUCUAUGUUUGAGGAGGACACCUUGUCUGACCACAUCACAGUGUUGGUGUCCUGGAGGUUGGUAGUCGAUCGACUGUCUGUCUUGUUCCUGCGCCUCCUUCUGUCUCUGCAGCGUUUGCAGCGCCUCCUCUGGUGGCUGCUGGAACUUCAUAUUGUCAAAAUCGUCUCCUCCUACAUGAUUUGGAUCUCAGUGAAAGAGGUGUGUAUGUUCAACCUACUGUUUGUGGUGUGUGUGGGAGUGGCUCUUCCCUGCAGGGCCUGGCGCCCCCUGUUGUCGGGGAUGUGUACAGUGUGGACCUGUGUGGUGGCAGUUUGUAAGAUGUUGUACCAGCUCAACGUUGUCCAGCCCAACACCUGCAACUGCAGCACGCCAAGCAACUCCUCUACCAAUCUUUCUCGCUCGGUAUUGUACUCCAGUCCAAUUGAUCCCGCCCAGUGGGUUGGCCUUCGCAAAUCUGAGGGAAAACUGCUCGACUACCUGAGGUACAACCUGAUGAUGCUCGCGCUGUUAGCUUUUGAGGUGACGGUUUACAGACACCAGGAGCUCUACCGUCUCCGCUGCAACAAAGUUCCGCCUCUGACAAGAACAUUGUUCCAUGACAUCACUAGGCGUCAUUUAGAUGAAAACAUGCUGAGCUGCUCCAAAUAUUUCCUCAAUUACUUCUUUUACAAGUUUGGCCUGGAGACUUGCUUUCUGUUGGCAGUUAAUGUGAUUGGUCAGCGAAUGGAUCUGUUCGCUGUCGGCCACGCUUUUGGGCUCAUCAGCGUCCUAUCAAGGCGCAGCAGGAAGCGGAUUAGUGCAGUGUGGCCCAAGUACUGCUACUUCCUGUCAGCGCUACUAUGUUUCCAGUAUCUGCUGUGCAUUGGAUUCCCUCCUGCUGCCUGCAAAGAUUAUCCAUGGCGACCACCGACAUCCAACAUGGACUCCAACGUAGUAAAAUGGCUUUUCCUCCCAGAUCAUCUAACUCCACCAAAUCCACUCUUCCUCCUCUACGACUUCCUGCUUCUGCUGGGUGCCUCACUGCAGCUUCAGGUGUUCGAGGAUGAACUUGAUGCCGGUGUCCAGACGCUGGCGGGGGACAACGGCGAGCUGGACGCAGAAGACGGACAGGCCUGGGAUCCAGUCAUGAGGCUUCGUCUCAGCACCGUCCCUGACUUCAUGCUGUGCAGGUCCUACCUCGAUAUGAUGAAGAUCAUUAUUUUCUGCUACAUGUUCUGGUUUGUCCUCACUAUAAUCUUCAUCACUGGGACCACAAGGAUCAGCAUCUUCUGUAUGGGUUACCUGGUGGCAUGUUUUUACUUCCUUUUGGUGGGCGGAGACUUGCUGCUGAAACCUGUCAGCUCCAUCCUGGUUUACUGGGACUGUCUGAUCGGCUACAAUAUCUUUGUCAUCACCAUGAAGAACAUCCUUUCUAUCCUGGCAUGCGGUUUCAUCAAGUCGCUGGUUGUGAACCACUGUUGGCUGGUCCAGCUCUUCAGUCUGGCGUGCACCAUCCGAGGAUACACUAAACCGGAGCAGCAGAGCAGUAAGCAGUGUGAGCUGCCAAGCGACGAGGCAGGGAUUAUCUGGGAUGGUGUGUGUUUCUGCUUCCUGUUGCUGCAGCGAAGGGUUUUUAGAAGUCACUACUUCCUGUAUGUGGUCCUGGACCUGCAAAACACGCAAGUGCUAGCCUCCAGAGGGGCAGAGCUUUUUGAAGCGUCCACUGUGAAAGCGGUACGAGCGAGACUGGAGGUGGAGAAGAUGUCCAUGGACUUGCUGAAGAGACAGAUGGAGAGGAUUAAAUCUCGCCAGCAGAAGUUUCGCAGAGGAAAAGAGAAAAUGCUCAGUUUGACGCAAAAGAGCAUUCAUAGUGAUGCACAUGAAAAGUCAAAAGGGCGGCAUCAUGGCGAUUGGUGGAGACCCUGGGUGAACCAUGCCUCCAUGGUAAGGAGUGGCGACUACUUUCUGUUUGAGAGCGACAGUGAGGAGGAGGAAGAGGAUAAAAGGGAGCAGGUGGAGGAGGAAGAGAAACAUCCUGAGAAGUCCGCUUUCCAGUUUGUCUAUCACGCCUGGAUAACUGACUCCAGAACAGCAUUGAGAGCUCGUCACAGUCAAAAGAAACUGUGGAAGAAGAACUCGAGUGAAGAACGGAGGGGAGAAAAGACAGCAAUUGUGACUUUAGCAUAUGGAUCUACUGAAGUGAUGGAGGAGUCGGAGGAGGACGGAGAUGAAGACAAGGAGGAUGGACCAGAUACCAUCCUACAUCGGGUCUCCAGCAUUCUUCGCUUUUGCUGGGUUCUGUUGUCAGCUCUGCUGGACUCGUUGACCUCUUGGCUCUGUGGUUUGUGUCGAGAACACGUCGACAUUUCCACCGUCCUCCGAAUGGAGCGCUGCAUGCUGACCCAGCAGGCCAAGCAGGGUCAAGUGCCAUCCAGAGAGGCCAUCCAUGUCUACUACCAAGAACAGAUGAUAAGAAAUUCCAGAGAAUCGGGAUUAGACCAUGAGGAAGUGGGAUAUACAACAGGGAAAGGACAGUGUGAGCAAGAGGAGGCUCUAAGUAUGGAUACAGAUGAAGAUGAGAGCCCAGGAUCAGGUGAACAAGCUCAAGCAGAACCUACAGGAAGUGGACUAGAACUCGCCUCCAGGGAGGAAGCAUUAGAGAUACUUCAAGCUACAAUAGAAGAUGAUUCAGUUGUAGGCCUUACAAGGGAAGAUUACCCAGAACUCCCUGUGGCUACAACCAGCCGGCGCCAACGAUCCAAACUUACCAGGAUGCAGAGGUUGACAUCGUCCUCAUUUUCUUCAUCCUCAGAAAAAGAGGAGCACAGCGCCAGCGAACCUCCAGCCUGCCUCUUGUGUCAGGUGUGCCCUCCGUCCUACAGUCAUGCUCUUGGCCUGAAUAUCCAGGCCAAAGAAGUUGAGCAGGACACUUCCAAAAAGAGGAGGCGAGGGACAAGAUCAGGAUUAAGGGAGAGGCGUCCGGUAUUUGAGACGACUGACUUACCGUCUGGUUGCACCUCCGCUUCCUGGCCAUUGGCAUCUCGUCCACAGGAGCUGACAGCGAGUGAGCUGCUGAAGAACAGGUCUUUCCACAACGAGGAGCUAGAGGCAUCAGACGGUUUCUAUGGCAACCAACCCCAACUGCUCCAGCUGUGCUACGCCAUCUAUAACAUUCUGGCUGCUAGGUCGGAGACGGUGUGCUACUUGGUCAUCGUCUUGAACCACAUGGUGUCUGCCAGCUGUCUAACCUUGGUUCUUCCUGUGCUGGUGUUCCUUUGGGCAACUCUGUCAGUUCCUCGACCUAGUAAGACCUUCUGGAUGACGGCAAUCAUCUACACAGAGGUCACCAUUGUGAUCAAGUAUUUUUUCCAGUUUGGCUUCUUCCCCUUCAACCAAAAACUGGAGGUGGACCGCUCCAAACCCUUCCACCCGCCUAACAUCCUGGGGGUGGAGAAGAAGGAAGGCUAUGUCCUCUAUGACCUUCUGCAACUGCUUGCUUUAUUCUACCACCGAGCCAUACUGAAGUGUCAUGGUCUCUGGGACCAGACUGCUGCUACUGAUCCUCAACAUCACCUGACAAACCAGUCAGAAUUUAGUCCAUGUUCGACCCCGACCGACACAGUACACUGGCGUGGUGGAAGUCACACUCGUUCAAGCUCAACCCAGCUGUGCUCUCCUGCAGGCAGUCUGAGUUCUAUUCAGAAACUCAGCAAGCUGGACCUUCUGCUGGAGAAGCUUACAGAACUUACAAUCCGAGUCAAGCGGUUUUGUUUUAGCAGGUGUAAGUCUUUCUACGGUCCAGUGCGUCAGUUCUUUCAAGCACUCGUCCAACCAGAAUACAGUGCUGUCACAGACGUUUAUGUCCUGAUGUUUCUGGCGGACACCAUCGACUUCAUCAUCAUCGUCUUCGGCUUCUGGGCCUUUGGGAAACACUCCGCAGCUGCCGACAUCACCUCCUCCCUGUCGGAAGACCAAGUUCCUGAAGCAUUCUUGGUGAUGGUUCUUAUCCAGUUUGGUACUAUGGUGAUAGACCGAGCUCUCUAUUUAAGAAAGACUGUUUUGGGAAAGUUGGUCUUUCAGGUGAUUUUGGUCUUAGGGAUUCAUUUCUGGAUGUUCUUCAUCCUGCCGACUGUCACUGAGAGGCGCUUCAAUCAGAACUUGGUGGCUCAGCUGUGGUACUUCGUCAAAUGUAUUUACUUUGGCUUGUCAGCCUAUCAGAUUCGCUCAGGUUAUCCAACACGUGUUCUCGGAAACUUCCUGACAAAGAGUUACAACUACCUCAACCUGUUCCUGUUCCAAGGCUUUCGCCUGGUUCCUUUCCUGACUGAACUCCGGGCUGUGAUGGACUGGGUGUGGACCGACACCACUUUGUCGUUGUCCUCCUGGAUCUGCGUGGAGGACGUCUACGCCCACUGCUUCGUCCUUAAGUGCUGGAGGGAGUCUGAAAUGAGAUACCCUCAGCCUCGCGGCCAGAAGAAGAAGCGAGUGGUGAAGUACGGCAUGGGAGGUCUGAUUGUCCUGCUGCUGAUCUGCAUCGUCUGGUUUCCCUUGCUCUUCAUGUCCCUCAUUAAGUCUGUCGCCGGAGUCAUCAACCGGCCCCUGGACGUCUCUCUGACUGUCACCCUUGGAGGCUUCCAGCCGAUCUUCACGAUGAGCGCACAGCAGAAUCAGUUGAAGGACCUGACCGAGGACGACUUCAAAACCUUCACCAGUACCUAUAGUUACACACCUAGUGCCUUGCAGUUCCUGGAGGCGUACAGUCACGAGGAUGUGACAGUGGCAGAGCUGCAGGGUAGCAGUAACUCCCUGUGGACUAUCAGUCCUCCCAGCAGGCGCUACCUGAGCCAGGUGCUCAACCUGGACCACUUCCCCCUUACCUUAUCCUGGACUGUACAGAGGAACUUAAGUCUUGGGGCAAAGGCGGAGCUUGCCUCAGGGAAACAUGUGACCUAUCUGGAUGAUCAGACUCGUUUGGAACUGAUCCAGCUGCUGAAUGGUACCAGAACAUUUCCCGUCGUGAUUCAAGGCGUGCUGCCGUCUUUCCUGCGAGCUCCCAGCGACUCCAACGCCAAACCCAUCGAGCAGCUCUAUGCAGACGGCCUCUACAAGGACAUUUUGUUGUCCCUGGAGCGGACAGACAAUGAGAGCCAAGAGAUCCAGGAGUGGUGGAUAGUUGAUCAACCAGCUUCCAGCCUGGUGCCUUUUGGAGGCGGAGUUUUAACGAAAUACAACAGGAGAGAGGCGGGGCUACAGCUGUUUGUGUUCAGCGAUAAAGUCAGUCCUCCCAGUCUGGGAUUCCUAGCAGGAUACGGCAUUAUGGGAUUGUACGCAUCAGUGGUGUUGGUCAUCGGGAAGUUCGUACGAGAAUUCUUCAGCGGGAUCAGUCACUCAAUCAUGUUUGAGGAGCUGCCCUGCGUCGAUCGCAUCCUCAAACUGUGCACCGACAUCUUCCUAGUGCGGGAGACGGGCGAGCUGGAGCUGGAGGAAGAGCUAUACGCCAAACUGAUCUUCUUGUAUCGAUCGCCAGAGACUUUGAUCAAGUGGACCAGACGCUGACCUAAACUGACCUGCUGUGACGUCCUCCACUCUGAACUGUGAACAUGAAUUAUUUAAAGAGGGAGAUUACCCUAAAAAAACUUGGAAAUCUAUUUCAGUGUUUAUGAUGUAAUUUACUGGAAAAAAAGGGAAUAUUUCUGGAUACUUUACUGGAACACCCCAACCUGCUGGUUGACCACUGAAAUGGUAACAUUUGAAUUGAAGGGCUAAGAGUUGAUAAAGUGUGUUAACAAUAAAUAUAAAGGACAUAUCCGGGAAUAACUGGAAUUCUAAGGAAGUGACAGGAACUUAAGUAUGAACGUGCACUAACGAUGAAAAGGAAUGAGGGGGCAGAGGUACUGUUGCCCACAAAAUUCUAAAGAGUAUCAUAAAUAAACCUAACGUUUCUCUGAAUAUCUUCAACAUCACCUCUUUUUUUAAUAUAGCAGCAUUAGGUGUAAUUAGUGCUACAUUUCGCCAUAAUGUCAUAGAUCUCAACAGCGGAAGUUAGCUUAGCAAUAAGAACUUCAGCUAAAAAAAUCAAAAAUGAAUGAGCAGCUCUCAGAUCCAAAUGUUUAUUGAAAGACUGGCAAGUGUAGCAAAUUUGAAUAUAAAUACUACUAGUAGUCUGUUGUUACUAUAGCAACCUGAGGAAAGUGACUUGAGUGUCUAACGUAUCUCGUCCCAUGCUAACUCUACAAUCCCACUCCAAACACAAGAUUACAAUAUUGAGUGGUUAGCGUGUGGGUUUGGAUGCAGCAAGCUCCGCCACGUUGUUUGAUUGACAUGAAAAUCACAAGGAAAAAAAUAAAAUAAAAAUGUACCAGGGAGGAAAAUAGAGACCUCUAGAGAAGCAAAAUAGACUCUUUACAAUAUGAUACAGAGCAAAAAUAUAAAUAUUAUCUCUGAUGACCUCAUACAAACAGGAGGUUUUCUUGAAGACAAAAAUCAAAAACAGCAGUUCAAGCUAACAUGCUAAGCUAACAUUUUACACCAUAUUUUUCAGCAUUUUCACCAUUUAAGUUUUUAAGCUAAUAUAAGAUAAAUAACACAUGGGAAUGUCUCUUUGGAAUUUUUGGGGGAGCAGCAAAAGCAGACAAAAGUUGUGUUAGAAAAUAGGAUUAUCUCCUUCUAUGUAUAACACAAAUACGAAAUACAAAAACUACAGUUCUGUAUGCUAUAUA